UUGCCUUUAAAAAGGGGCCGUUUUUCCUAGCUCAUGGCUACUUUUCUGUGCCUGCCACUCUGCAGGGCAGAAGUAGUCCUGGCCAGUAAAUAAAGACUCACAAUUUGACUCAAUUCGGUUUCUAAGGUGGUCUUUUCUCGCACUCCAGACCAUAACAUUUGGAGGCCCCAGCGAGACUGCCCGACACAGGGCGCUUGGUGACCACUGGUUCCCGGGGACCGGGUGCGGUGCAGAGUUGAGUGCCUGUGGGGGGGCCCUGAGAGACGUUCCUCAGCCCCGGGCGAUGGCCAGACAAAUCACUGGCCACUGACACCUCAAAAAGCAACCAAAUUCCUCUGGACAAGUCUUCCGGUUCAGCUCACUGGUGUCUGGUUUGUCCGUUCUGUGGGCCCUCUCGGAGUUCCCUUGGGAGGCUGGACGCAGCUGAACUCCCAGGAACAAGGUCCAGUGAGAUGUCACUGGGAGCUUUUGGUUUUUGUUUCUGGAAGCUGUCUUGACUGCAAGGUUGAGUCAGCCCCCAUCCAGCGCAGGUGCCCUGGGUGGCCUGUCUUGAAACUUUUGGAUCCUUUUGUUUGUUAAUUGUUUCUGGUUGCUAGCAUGUGUUGUCUUGUGUUAUUUUAAAUCUCUCUGAAUGGCACAUAAGAACAGAAAUAAGAAUCCGGGCAGAGAACCAAGUACAGGAUAAGUCAAAACAGGAACCUGGUCAGGGCAAGCAGUGCUGCCCUUAUUGUCCGGAGAAAAAACAGUGGACAGCGGCAGCAGAAAAGGAGUUCCGGGAGCAGAGCAUACACAUGGCCCAUCAUCCCCGAGGAGAGCUUCAGCAGUAUUCAGGACCUGCUCUCUGGUUCCCUGAUCUUUGUCCUGCUUUCGCUAGACUUUUUCGCCAGACUCUGCUUAGGGGGCAUACGGCUUCUCCGGCUAAUUUAUCUAAGGUAAGCGAAACUAUUCAGAGACCGAAUGAGGUUCUUGCGGCAUUUCUAGAAUGCUUUUUAGAAGCUUAUCACCUGUAUACUCCCAUAGACCCAAAGGUGCCACAAAAUAGGCACCCUGUAAAUAUUGCCUUCACUCCUUAUCAGCCACAGAUAUUCAAAAGACGUUACAAAGGUUAGAAGGGUUUGAGCAACUCAGUUGCUAUCUGAGUUGGUUGAGAUUGCCCAGAAGAUUUACAACAACCGAGAGGAUCCAGGGACGAUACAGUCUAAAAAGAUGGCAAAAAUCUUAGUAUCUGCGAUGGCAGAGCCAUGACAUAGCCAGAAGAAAGAACCAGGAACAAGGACCAGUAAAAGGAGAAGACACCCCCUAGACACCCCCCAACCCCCCACCCCCCGCAGUGUGCCUAUCUAAGGAGUUCAGCCAUUGGAAACGGGAAUGCCCCCAUCAGCCACGGGCAGAAGGAAAGCCCACACCUGUCCUUGUGGAAAAUGUUGAGUGACGGGGUGGGGGCUCCAUUCUAAAGAGCCCCCAGGAGCCCAGGGUAACUUUGAAUACUGGGGGCAAGCCCAUAGAAUUUUUAGUGGAUACUGGGGCUACACAUUCAGUCCUACGAGAAGCAGAGGGGCUGGUCUCCAAGGAAACAGCCUUAAUCCAGGGGGCUACAGGGAAGAUGAAGGCAUACCCCUGGACAAAGACUAGACUAACUAACUUAGGAGCCGGCACCAUUACUCAUUCCUUCCUAGGGGUGCCAGAGUGCACAUAUCCUUUACUGGGAAGAGAUUUACUCCAAAAACUAUGGGCAACUAUAUCAUUUCAGGGGGACACAACUGAACUUUCGUUUAAUCAAGGACCGUCCACCAUUCUUUUUACUUGCCCCCUGUCAGAAGAAUACUUGCUAGCUGAGGGGACACCCCCACAACAGGUCUGGAGCCCAUACUUGCAGGAACUUCAGAGCAAACUUCCCAGCAUGUGGGCUGAAGGUAAUCUCGGGACUGCUUCCCACCGACCUCCUAUUGUUGUGCAGUUAACUAGUGCCAACACCCCCAUCCGGUCUGGUCGGACAGUACCCUAGCAGCUUAAAGGCAAGGAAGGGAAUUGCUGUGCAUAUUAAAAGACUCCAGGAGGUGGGUAUUUUAAUUCCCUGCCAGUUGGCCUGGAAUACUCCUCUGCUCCUGGUACAAAAGCCAAGAUGAUGACUACCGAUGAUACAGGACCUCCGAGAAGUCAACAAAAGGAUUGAGACCGUCCAUCCAACCGUGGCUAAUCCGUAUACCCUCCUGAGUUUGUUGCCUCCAAGCCGUAGCAUCUACACCGUGCUGGAUCUGCAGGACACUUUCUUCUCAUUCCCUUUGUCCGCAGUGGUCUUUUCUCACGUUCCAGACCAUAACAUUUGGAGGCCCCAGCGAGAUGUGCCUGACACGGAGCGCCUGGUGACCACGAGUGUCAGGGAGAGCGUGUGGAGUGUAGCGCCUCGCCUAGGGGGGUGCCCCUGAGAGAUGUUCCUCAGCCCCAGGCGACGGCUAGACAACGGGCCAGCCACUGACACCUUAAAAGCAACCAAAUUCCCCUGGAUGAGUCUUCUGGUUCUGCUAACCGGCUCCCUGGAACCACGUCGUCUAAGGGCUAAGCUGUGUAGCCAAAGAGAAGUUCCCUGCCUUCCCCCAUAAGCCCUGAUGUUUUUUGCGUGAUCCUCACAACGUCCCUUUGAGAGAAAAGGAAGGAACAACCAGCCCUUUUCACAGAUGAAGACACUAAGAGCCUCAGGGACACAGCAAUUCUUGUGGGAGCCAUGAAGUUGAACGAGAGGAGUGUAACCCACUAUGCGCUGAGCGACUCCCCAGCGGACCACACAGGCUACCUGCGUACUUGGGGGGGCCCAGGGACCCCACCUACCCCCAGUGGCACUGGCCGAAGAUGCUGGUUUGUUCUCAAGGGCAACCUGCUGUUCUCCUUCGAGAGUCGCGAGGGCCGGGCCCCGCUGAGCCUGGUGGUGCUGGAGGGCUGCACAGUGGAGCUGGCUGAAGCUCCAGCUCCUGAAGAGUUUGCCUUCGCCAUCUGCUUUGAUGCCCCUGGAGUGCGCCCACACCUGCUGGCGGCAGAUGGACCGGCGGCCCAGGAGGCCUGGGUAAAGGCGCUGUCCCGGGCAAGCUUUGGCUACAUGCGCCUGGUGGUACGAGAGCUGGAGAGCCAAUUGCAGGACGCCCGCCAGAGCCUAGCUUUGCAUCGCCACUCAUCCUGGAAGGCCAUUUCCAGCCGCUGUAAGCCCCAGGCUCCUGACUGUUGGUCUCUGGGCCUGGAGAAUGGCCACUCCCUCCCCAGAGACUGCAGCCCCAUGGGCUUAGUUGAAGAAGGCAGCAGCAGGUCAGCAGGGCGAGGGUUGGCUGAGUGGGAGUUGCAGGGCCCUGCCAGCCUCCUCCUAGGCAGGAAGCAGAGCCCUGUAUCCCCUGAGACCUCCUGCUUCUCCACCCUCCACAACUGGUAUGGCCAGGAGAUUGUGGAGUUGCGGCGGGGGUGGCAGCAGAGGGCCCGGGGGAGCAAGGCAGGAUGUGAGGAACAGGUUAGGCUCUGAUGCUGGGCCCUUUGAGUUUUGCCCCUGUCCUGCUGGUCAGGACACCAGGGCCAGUGUUUUUUCAGCCCAGUCUGAAAAAGUUAAAUGUUAACUCAUUUCCAAGUUUGCUUUUAGGGGUUGUUUCUCCUUGCUUUAUAGGCAUUCUCCAAGUUCACAUCCAAACUUGUACCUGG